AUGCCCCGGCGUCUGUUUUCCCCUACGCUGCUGCUUCUUUGCUUGUUGCUAUGCUGCGGCAACAGUGGCGCUGCAGCCGCGAAUCAGGAGGAUGUCAUGGAUCCGUUUGCAGCGACGACGGAGAUCCAUGGAGCCGCAUGGGAAGGCGUUGGGGCCGCCGCUCAAUCGGUCCCUUCCCUGCGCGUCCCCAGCCUUGUUGCGGUGGGGGAGGAUGUUUUUGCCGUUGCCGAGGCUCACUGCAUGAAGCAGGACGGCGAGGCCGGCUGCGUAACUGGGAUUGCGUCGAAGCACCUCAAGGAAACUGUGGAGGGCGCUGCGAUGGAGAUCUCGGCGGCGGACACAAGUCUCCUUUGCACGCGACUUGUGGAGGGAAGUGACGCGGCUGACAAGAAGGCAAUGGACAUCAUGCGGCCAACAACACUUGUGGUUGGCUCCGAUGUCUACAUGCUGCUGGGCAGACGUACCCGUACAGAGCCUGAGGAGCAGGCUGCCGGAAAAACUGGCUGGAAGCUUGUGCUGGUGAAGGGAACUGUGACUGGAGACGGUGAUAACGGGAAGAAGCUCGAGUGGGGUAAGACCCGUGCGGUGCAGCCCGGAUCUGCAGCAAGUCUCAACUCUCUGACGCAGCUGGUGGGCGGCGGGGGCUCGGGCCUUGUGCUGGGCGACGGCACGCUUGUGUUCCCCAUGCAGGCAAUCAAGGAGAAAAAGAGCGUCUUGCUCGCCAUGCGCCUCGGGCAGUCAGAGAAUACAUGGACGCUUUCGUCCGGUACGACCGGUGAGGGCUGCAGGGACCCGUCCAUCGUGAAGUGGGGGGAAGACGAAGAACUCCUCGCGAUGGCUCCCUGUGCGGGGGGCUCCUACGAAGUCUACGAGUCUACUGCGGCCGGUACAGCGUGGUACCCGACAGGCGAGCCGAUUACCCGCGUGUGGGGCACCUCGCUGAACCGCCAAGGAGGGGACGGCGUGCAGAGCGGCUUCAUCACGGCAACCUUCGUGAAUAAAAAGGUGAUGCUCCUCACCACGCCGGUGUACUCGGAAGAGGAAGGCAACGGAAAGGGUCGUCUGCAUCUUUGGCUGACUGAUAAUUCCCGCGUGCACGAUGUCGGACCGGUGUCACGUGAAGCUGAUGACGCCGCUGCCAGUUCCCUGCUGUACAGAAGCGGUGCGCCGGCGGAGUUGAUAUUACUGUACGAGAAGAAGAAGGAUGGAGGCUCUUACGACCUCGUAUCCCUGAGCCUGGCAAAGCAGCUGGACCAAAUCAAGUCUGUGGUGCAGACCUGGAAGGAAAUGGACGCCGCCUUGCAAAGCUGCACUUCCUCUGCCGCUGUUGACACGCGGAAACAGGGCGUGUGCAACGGCCCUGUUCCCACCAAAGGGUUGGUGGGCCUUUUGGCCAACACACUGGCCGGGACUGCGUGGGUGGACGAAUACCGCGGCGUGAACGCGACUGUGAAGGGUGGGGCGGCGACAAGCGAGAAGGGAGGUGUGACGUUCAAAGGCAGUGGCUCAUGGGCGGAGUGGCCCGUGGGAAGCAGGGGGCAGAACCAGCCGUACUACUUUGCGAACAACGGAUUCACGCUUGUGGCGACGGUGACGAUUCACUUGGUGCCGGUGCCGGCGGAGGACACGCCUUUGCUGGGCGUGAGGAUGAAUGACGCAGCGAGCACCGUCCUCGUGGGUGUGUCGUGCACGCAGGACAAGAAGUGGAAAGUGACGGUCGGUGGUAAGAACCGGAGUUUGUCAGAUGAUGAUGUGACGUGGAAACCAGGCACAGCCUACCAAGUGAUCUUGCAGAUGGGUACUGGCGAUGAGUUGUCUGUGUACGUCGACGGGGACGGGAUCUACGACGGCGAAGAAGAUGACGAUGAAGUGGAAGAUGACGGCAUCGCUUCUGAGGCGGUGGCCGAACUCUUCAAGCCGCACAGGAUCUCGCACUUCUACGUUGGCGGGGGCGGGGCGGAGGGCACGAAAAGCAGCCACCACGUGACGGUCUCCAGCGUCCUGCUGUACAACCGCGCACUGGGCAAAAAAGAGAUCACGCAGCUCAAAAACAGCAAAGUCGCUCAGCCACGGCCGGCUGCUGCGGGGUCAGGCGCAGGGCCGGCUGCUGCGGGGGCUGGCGCGGGGCCGGCUGCUGCCUCCCCCGGGCCCAGCGAUGAUGCAGAGGACACCGAUGAUACUCUCGAGCAGGAGUCUGGGGAAAUGGGCGUUGACGGUAUUCCGGCGGCUGGAGCCCUUCCCCAGCGACUCCCUGACGCGAAAGCGCCUCCGAAUCCUACAGUUCAAGCAGACGCCGCAAAUCCCUCUUCUCUGGAGCCGGUGGUGGAGUCUUCGCCUUCCGCGCCCCCGUCCCCGGCGGAAGUAAAAAUACAAGCACCGGGCGACAGCGACGAGACGGUGGAGGCAGGCGGCGGGGCGCAGUCGCCGCAGCCACCGGAGGAGGCCAAACGUGAGGGCGGCGGUCACGGUGGUGGUGGCGCCGAACUGCACCCUGACGGCCAUGCCUCGCCCAGCGCGGCGGCAGCGGAGGAGGGGGUUGGAGAAGAGGAAAGCAGCGAGGAUGCCUCGGCGUCUCCGCCGGCGCCAUCCGCAUCGAGUGUGGCCCCUCCUGCAGCACCGGGCGGCAGUCAGACGCAUGCCGGCGAGCCUGCCACCGCCAGUGAGAGUCCAGCCAUUGACCCCGAAGAGGAAAACGCUGCUCCAGGCCCAGUGGUGAGCUCAGGCGGCAGCCCUGCUUUGACCGACAACGCCGAACCACCCGCCGCAAAGGAGGCACCCGGCACUUCUUCGCCUGCCACCGCCGAAAUGCCUCGUGGGGACAAUGAGGAAGUGCCGCAGGGCGUUGAGAGCGCACCGGCUAAUAAAAACACGCCACCCGCACCUCAGGCUGCCCCCGCAUCGCGCGACGCUGGGCCGCACUUGAGCAACAGCUCUGCUGCCUUCAAGAGCAUGGCAGGCUUGAGGCUCAGCGAGGGAGACAGCGACGGCGCUGUGCGUGGGCGCGUGUCUUGGCCAACGCUGCUGACUCUUCUGGCGCUUUGUGGCGUCGCGGCAGGCUUCUGA